CCUGAUGCGAAAAUGCACAGGCUGCUGAGAGUAGUGUAAAUAAUACCUCAUCCAUUCGUGUGGACCGUCACAGCCGCCCAGUGGCCGUGAAAUCUUCAUAACCCACUCACUUUUUCUCUAAUUCUCCCAUGGCGGAACCAACUUCCCCAGCCAAGUCCUCCGCACCAAAGUCCCCGACUCCUCCUGUGCAGGUACAGGGGCAGGACUCUCAUGCGAAGCAACCAUCGUUGACUCCACAACCUCAGUCGCCUCAGUCGCCGGCCGAGGAACAAAACGCCAUAUUGGAGGCCGAUCUUGACGCCGGCGCACCGGGCGAUGAUGGAUACGAGACUGACUCCCAUUCCACGUCGUCGACCUCGCUGUCGGCGACGGUCAGGGAUUACGUCUUCGAGAACAACAGGAGGUACCACAAGUUCAAGGAGGGGAGAUAUCUCAUCCCCAACGACGAGCCGGAACAGGAGCGCGAGGACAUGAAGCAUGCAAUGGUGGUGAACCUGUGUGGAGGCCAGUUACACGUGGCGCCGCUGCACAAUCCCCAGAACAUCAUCGAUAUCGGCACGGGGACCGGGAUCUGGGCAAUAGACAUCGGUGAUGAGUAUCCCGAAGCCGACGUCAUCGGUAAUGACCUGAGCCCCAUCCAGCCGGGCUGGGUGCCGCCAAAUGUGCGAUUCCAGGUUGAUGACGCCGAGGCCGACUGGGUGUAUGGCCCCGACACCUUUGAUCUUGUCCAUGCCAGGCAUGUCUGCAUGGCUAUCAAGAAUUGGCCACGACUCGUCAGACAAGCUUACACUGCGAUAAAACCUGGAGGCUGGCUUGAACUCCAGGAGCUCCGUUUCGUCAUACAAUGCGACGAUGACACCAUGCCACCCAGUUACAGCUAUGGAAAGUUCGUCGACCUUUGCAUGGAAGGUUUCUCCAAGUUUGGGAUCAAUCCCUUGGCCAUGGAGAAGAACCACGAGCUGUUGACGGAAGGGGGCUUCGAGAACGUCACCGAGAAGGUUUGGAAGGUUCCGAUCGGCAUCUGGCCAAAGGACCGCAAGAUGAAGACAAUCGGGCUCUACAACCGCAGCAUGAUCAUCGACGCCCUGCAGGCCGUUAGCAUGGCUCCGCUGACGCGGGGACUCGGAUGGACGGCAGCGCAGGUUGAGGUGUUUUUGAUAGAGGUCCGCAAGUCCUUGAUGGACUCGUCGGUGCAUUCUUACUUGACGUUCCACGUUGUUACUGGCCAGAAGCCACGAGGAGGGUCGUGAUGCAGCAACAAGGAGACACGGACGCUAUGGGACUGGCACUGGAGUCGGAGGCAGGUAUCGACAACUCAGAAUUGUGGCACGCGCGGCUUGAGGCCUUGGGCUGGUCAUGGUUGGGGGAA